AGCUGAACUGCGCAGUGAGCGCAUAGGUGGAAUCUGGGACAAUGAGCGCGUAGCUCCGGAAGAGCGUAGGAUCGGAGGGGAAGGUGUUCGAGAUACACGUCUCGACUGACAUUCAUCACGCACCAUGGCGAGGCGGGUCAGACCUGGCUUUUACCGACAGGAAAUAAACAAGAGCGUCUGGGAAGUGCCGGACCGGUACCGCGACCUGAUUCAGGUGGGGACCGGAGCGUACGGAACCGUGUGCUCGGCGCUGGACUCCAGGACGGGAGCCAGGGUGGCCAUCAAGAAGCUCUACAGACCCUUCCAGUCGGAGGUGUUCGCCAAGCGGGCCUUCAGGGAGCUGAAGCUCCUCAAACACAUGAAGCACGAAAAUGUGAUUGGCCUUCUGGAUGUGUUUACCGCAGACCUUUCUUUGGACCGAUUCAAAGAUUUCUGUCUGGUGAUGCCGUUCAUGGGAACUGACCUGGGGAAGCUGAUGAAGAAGACCAAACUAUCAGAUGAAAAAAUCCAGUGUUUGGUUUAUCAGACACUGAAAGGACUCAAGUAUAUCCAUUCUGCUGGUAUAAUUCACAGGGAUCUCAAACCGGGAAAUCUUGUCGUCAACCAGGACUGCGAGCUCAAGAUCUUGGACUUUGGUUUGGCUCGGCAGGCGGACACUGAGAUGACAGGCUAUGUGGUGACCCGAUGGUACAGAGCCCCGGAGGUCAUCCUCAACUGGAUGCAUUACACACAGACAGUGGAUAUUUGGUCUGUGGGCUGCAUCAUGGCAGAGAUGCUGCAAGGAAAACCCCUUUUUAAAGGCAGCGACCACCUAGAUCAGCUGAAUCAGAUCAUGAAGGUCACAGGAACGCCAAGUCAAGAAUUCAUAUCAAAACUAGACUCCGAGGAUGCUAAAAGUUACCUCAAAAGUCUCCAAAAAAUAGAGAAGAAAGAGCUUAAGACAUUGUUUCCAUCGGCUAGUUCCCAAGCCCUGGCAGUGCUGGAGCGAAUGCUUCUGCUAGAUCCUGAGGAAAGAGUGACGGCUGUUGAGGCUCUGUCGUUGCCUUACUUUGCUGUAUUUCGGGAACCGGCAGAGGAGACUGAGGCUCAACCAUACGACAACUCACAUGAAGACAAGGAGUUGACUUUGGACCAGUGGAAGCGUUGUGCCUUCACAGAAAUCUUGAGCUUCCAGCGUACGAUGUUGGAUGCAAAGGAAACGCCACUUUAGAGAUGAGUGAACUCCAGCGGAGAACCAAAGCAAACUAAUUCUGAACAAAGAGGACUUUUUGAUUAAUACGUGUCCAACAGGCCUGCUGCAGAUGCAGAUUUUAGAAUUUUCUAAAGUAAUUUGGUAAAGAGACAUCUUCAAGCUUGUCGCUCCUACACAGCCCUGUGUUAUCUUUGGCCUCACCAGCAGCUCUGAAAUGUUUUGAAAUGUCAGAAGGCAUCUUCAGUUCAGACCAAUAGAAAUUUAAGGAACAUCUCCUCUUUAACGACAAGGAAACAUCUGCACCUGAAUUUGGAGGAAGUAUUUGAGUUUCUGUGAAAAUAGUUGCCAUUUUUAAGCAUUCCUUUCCAUUUAUGUUGUUCUGGAUAGCUAAGUGUAUCAAAUGUUUUCAGACAUAUCUGGUACUAUUAAUUUUCUUCUUUCUGCUCCAUCUCAAUAGGUUACUUGUGAUUUUUUAUUUUAUUUUUUUUUAUCAAAACCUUUACAAAUGAAAGUUUUUUUUUAAAUACAUAAAGCUAUCAUUAUUAUUAUUAUUGCAUUGAAUGGAACAGAUUCAAUAAUCUUAAAAUAGAAAUCAUAUAUCAGUGUUUUUUUUUAAUAUAUGGGCAAUGUGGCUCAGUCCCCAGGUGAAGCUUUAUUUCAUGUUUAGUUUUUUUUCUAACAAAUUUAAUCAGCUCUAGUUUUAAAGUGCUCUGUAGUCAGACCUACACAUUCAUCAUUCAGAGAUGAAUGGAGUUUUUUUAAAGUGUAGUUUUAUUUUGCCUUUCUUUUUGGUAGAGAAACACAAAAAGAGCAUUUUUAAUUUGUUUUGGUAGAAAAUAGUCACAAAACCAGGUUCAUCUGGUUGAGCCUGAACUGAAUUUGAUCGCUGAUUUUGGAUGUAAGAAGAGUUUGGGAUUAUUGAAAUUUUUAUGAGCAAGAGGGGAUGUUUGGUUUUCAUAAAAAUGUCAAAAUCGUUCUUGUAAAUAUGAAUAUGUUUUACUUCUUUAAAUGUCAGACAAAAUAUGCAAUAAGAGGUGGCUGCAUUUUUUUUAUUUUAAUUUUUUGCAGAAAGGGAUUUGUUAGGUUGUUUAUGGGGGUCAGGCUGAGGGCUCUCACCAUUCCUGCAGAAAGCUCCUCUGCAUUGAACUAUUUGACAUACACUGAUCAGUCAUGCAUUACUAGUCAACUGGGCAGCAUUAUUUUCAUGUCAAUUGUGUAUGUUAGCAAAUAGCAAAUGUAAGAAUUAAUUUGAGUGACCAAAUUUUAUUAAUCAAAAUAUUUAGUUUUAUAUACCUUCCCCAUGAGCAAUGAGUUUUUCCAAUAUCUUUUCAAACAAACAUUUGAUUACAUUUUUCUUUUUUUGACACUUGUGCAUCUGUGCGUGGCCUUCUUGUUUCUACCAGGUGCCUUACAGAUACAACCAAACGCAAAUAGAGCUGAGAAGAACAAGAAUUUUCUCACCAGGUCUGCACAAUAAUCCACUUAUUGAUUACAGAAAAAAAAGUGAAAAACAUUCUUGAUUCUGCUGUUUUUGUGAAACAGUUACUCAUGACACAAUAAUCGGUCCAAUAAUCAAUCCAUUUAUUGCAUAAUCAAUGGAUUGAUUUUUAAAUGGAUUGAUUAUCCUAUUACUGGAUAAUCAACUCUGUUCAGCAUGUUUAGUGACAACAUGCUGAAUGUGGUUUAUUACGUAGCAACACACGACGGAUUUAUAGUUUUCCUGCUCACACUUUUGUAGUUGUAUGUCUUUAAACUGUGUGGACAAAAUGAAUUAAAGGGCACAGAGCAAAAUAAGAAAAA